GCGUAGCUUUGGCUGGAGCAGAAAGCCACAGGCCACCAAGGGCCGAUGCUGGGCAGAGUUCAGCGCAGCUCGGGUUGGGCACUGGGGGGCAUCGAUGCCAGCAGCCCCGUGCUUGCAGGAGGAGAGGGGCUCGCUCACCUCCCAUCAGGGCCGCCCCAACUUCUGGAGUGCCUGCAAGGCUUUUGCUUGGGUGGGAGGCUGCUUCGCUGGGGAAGGCCUCGGGACCCGGUUUCCCAGCCUGGGCUGGCGGGAGCCUCCCCAUGGAGCCCUCCCCUGGCCACACCACAGCAGCGUCCCUCUCACCCCCGGUGGAUUUUGUCCUGGGCGCCACAGCGUGCUGCUUGGCCUGCGUGUUCACCAACCCCCUGGAGGUGGUGAAGACUCGCCUGCAGCUGCAAGGGGAGCUCCGUCCGCGGGGCUCGUACCGUUGCCACUACCGAGGGGUGCUGCAGGCCAUGGUGGCCGUCCGCCGAGCCGACGGGCUCCGGGGCCUGCAGAAGGGGCUCACGGCUGGGCUGCUGUACCAGGCACUGAUGAACGGCGUGCGUUUCAGCUCCUACUCCCACGCCGAAGGUGUUGGCUUAACCCAGCAUCCGGGCGGGACCGUUGCAGCCGGAGCCCUGGCUGGGGCGCUUGGGGCGUUUGUCGGUAGCCCAGCCUACCUGGUCAAGACGCACCUGCAGGCGCAGACGGUGGCCGCCGUAGCCGUGGGACACCAGCACAACCACGAGAGCGUCUCCAGGGCCUUUGGGGCCAUCUACAGGGAGCAGGGGCUGCUGGGGCUGUGGCGGGGUGUGAACGGUGCGGUGCCUCGGGUCACGGUGGGCUCGUCGGUGCAGCUGGCCAGCUUUGCCUCUGCCAAAGAGUGGGUCGCGGAGCAGCAGUGGUUCAAGGAAGGCAGCUGGAUGGUGGCCCUCACUGGUGGAAUGAUCAGCAGUGUGGCCGUGGCCGCGGCCAUGACUCCCUUUGAUGUGGUGAGCACGCGGCUCUACAACCAGCCGGUGGACGAAAUGGGCAUGGGCAAGCAUUACCGUGGCUUCUUCGACUGCUUCGCGCAGGUCUCGGGAAAGGAAGGUAUCCUGGCCCUGUACAAGGGCCUCGGUCCUGCUUACCUCCGCCUGGGGCCGCACACCGUCCUCAGCCUCCUCUUCUGGGACGAGCUGAGGAGGUUCACCUUCCAGCAGCAGGCCGCCUGAAGCCGCCGGCCUGCUCGGGAGCCUCCAGUUGCAGAGGAGAGCGGGGCUCAGCAGCCUUCCCGGUCAGCUGCUGCUUUCCAGCCAAGUGGCCUUCUUUCCUCCCAGCUUGAGUCUCUUGGAUCGGGACACAGGACCGUCAUCUGCCCCGUCUGCCCACCCAGAUGUGGAGCGGGGAAGGAGGGCUGAAAAUCAAGGACCCUGCAGUGCUAAUUGUGACCUUUAAGUGAAGUUGCAGCUUCAGCUGCCCCCUAUUUUUGAGUAGGGGUCCCAAAUGCACCGCCUGAGGAAGGCCUAUUCCUAGCAGACUGGAUUGUGUCCCCCACCCCCCCAGCAGCUCCCAGUUUGACUCGCCCUCCUGGGCCAAAGAUGCGUAAUCUGAAUAGUCGGAAAAGCAGGCAAGGUCCACUUGGUGUGCGCGUGUGAGUGCCUCUCCCCAGGAUCCUGGGUCUCUCUUGAAGGUGGAGGAUGGACUCACGGGUGGACUGUGAUCCAGCAGCUUAAUUUGGGCUGAAGCAACUUGUUUUUCCUACAGAAGAGACAUAAGCAGGUGAAGCAGGAAGGGCUGGGAGGCAGAGGUGGAACAGAAAAAUAGGCAGGAUUCUGAGAAAUGAAAAGUAAGUCACAGCAGCUGGUUUUGUGGGCCGAGGGUGGCACUUCCUGCUUUUAAAACCUUGAGAUCUACUUCGCUGGGACAGCUGGGGAAACUCCUGGGAUUGAUUCAGGCCAAGGACUUGGGAAAUAUCCUGUCGUCUCUUCCGUUCUGACCUUUGGGACCCAUCGAAAGGGAACGAGGGAGGAGCACGGGGUGGGGGGGGGCGUGUGGCAACCAUUGGGGUCAAGGAGGCUAAGCCUUGGCGCUUUGCAGGGUCCGGAUGCCAACUCCGAGCACCACCAUCUCCAGCAGAGGCGGGGCCCCCGUGGCAGAAGGCUGGCCAUAGACUCUGCUCCUUCUGCCUAAAGAAAAGGUUUUUUUCCCUGUGUGGUUUGUUUAUGGGUUGCUAGUCGGAAGCAUCUUUUUGUCCUGCCCUGGCUGGUUGGGCAAAGUUGAGCGGACAAAGUUAGCCAGGUUUGGUUUUAAGGCAUCCGGAAAUGGCUGGUGCACUGGGGCCAAAGGGCCCAAGUUCACCCUGGGAGGGGCAGUUCAGACUUAUUGCUGCCCUGAACCGGAUGGCCCCAGAUGGCCUCCUGUGACCCUACCAGCCUGGCCUGGCGCUGUAGCAGGACUGGGGAUGGGAAGGAGCUAUGGACGUAUCUGCUGCUUCUGUUGUGAAAAUAAAAGCACCGU